AUGUACGCCGUCGCCAGGGUAUUUAUUUACAGUCACUUUGGCAAGCGAAAACUAUGCCAACCAAACUGCUCGCAGCUUUCUUCCUACUUUCAGUUUUCCAAGCUUGCCCUCGCCAAGGUAACUGACGUUAAUACUAAAAUCAACUUUCCAUUACGCAGCUCGAGAAAGAUUGACGAAGAUGAGUUUGAAGAUCUCACUAUCAACCAGAAAUGGGUGUUGGCUCCAAAACUGCAAGACCGCAGCAUGACGAAGAUGUUAAAUGACUUGCUGAAGGAAUAUGACAAAAAGCUGCGCCCCGAUAUCGGCAGAAAGCCGACCGUUAUAAAUGUUGAUAUCUAUGUCAACAGCAUCGGGCCGGUUUCUUCAAUUAACAUGGAGUAUACGAUCGACAUCUUUUUUGCUCAAACCUGGAUUGACAGUCGCCUACGGUUCAACAGUACGAUGAAAUUGAUCACUCUGAACAGCAACAUGGUGGGCCUCAUAUGGGUACCAGACACCAUCUUUAGAAACUCCAAGAUGGCCGAUGCUCAUUGGAUCACCACACCGAAUCAGCUACUUAGGAUAUGGAACGAUGGGAAAAUCUUGUAUACCUUGAGGCUUACAAUAAUCGCAGAGUGCCAAUUGCAGCUGCACAACUUUCCAAUGGAUGAACAUUCUUGUCCUCUCAUCUUCUCGAGCUAUGGAUACCCAAAGGAUGAGAUGGUUUACAAAUGGAGGAAAAAUUCUGUUGAAGCUGCCAACCAGAAGUCCUGGAGACUCUACCAGUUUGAUUUCCUGGGCUUAAGGAACACGACGAAAAUUGUGGAAACAACAGCAGGGGAGUAUGUCGUCAUGACUGUCUACUUCGACUUAAGCAGGAGAAUGGGCUAUUUCACGAUUCAGACCUACAUACCGUGUAUAUUGACAGUCGUCCUUUCCUGGGUCUCAUUCUGGAUCAAAAAAGAUGCCACGCCGGCGAGAACAGCACUGGGUAUCACAACGGUACUAACAAUGACAACACUAAGCAGCAUAGCGAGGAAAUCACUGCCAAAGGUCUCCUACGUCACCGCCAUGGACUUGUUUGUCACCGUCUGCUUCUUAUUUGUAUUUGCGGCGUUGAUGGAGUACGCGGCCCUCAAUUACUACACCUGUUGCAGGAAACCAACAAGAAAGAAAAGAAAACUGCCAGACACAACCAUCGGAUGCAGAGUUAAACACAAUUCUCACUGUCACGGCUUCCCAAGUCAAUAUGAACAGGACUGGAAAGGGGUGUGCAGACGUGAAUGGUUCUACACUCCACAGAAAGGACCCCAAGAGAACCAUUCGGUGCUGAACCUGGGGCCAUCCUCGUCAGUCAUUACCAUAAACAAUUCAAUGUACUGGCAGGACUUUGAGGAAGCCUGCGUCUAUGAAUGCCUGGAUGGUAAAGACUGUCAAAGCUUCUUCUGCUGUUACAAGGAGUGCAAAUCCGGUUUGUGGCGAAAAGGGCGGAUCCACGUAGAUAUCUUGAAAUUGGACACAUAUUCACGUGUGUUCUUUCCUACAACAUUUUUGCUAUUUAACGUCAUUUACUGGGUCGGAUACCUCUACCUUUAA